AUGCUUCAGAAAUGGAAAGCUAGUAGUGACCAAAGUGGUGGUCCAGAUAGAGAUUUACCAAACUCUCCCGAUAUGUUUUCUGGCAACUUUCCCGAGGGUUUGCGGGUGCUAUUGUUUGAUGAAGAUCGACAUUAUCUUCAUAUAUUGGAGAAACAUCUCGAAGAGUUUCAAUACGAAGUGACUACAUGCCACGAAGAGGAAAGAGCUAUGUAUCUACUCUGCAACCAUAGGAAUAUGUUCGACAUUGCUAUAAUGGAAGCACACAAUCUAGAGGGGAAAAUAUUCCGGUUAAUCUCGGAAAUUGGAUCUGAAAUAGAUAUUCCAAUCAUUAUAACAUCCCAAGACGAUUCAAGAGAAUCUGUGACCAAAUGGAUGAGGAACGGUGCAUGUGACUAUCUCAUAAAACCGAUAAGACCAGAAGAUCUACGUUUGAUUUAUAAAUACUUGGUAAAGAAGAUGGAACUAAGGGGUAUCACGGUUGCCGAAGAGGCAGAAGAGAAAGCAGCAGCUGAGAAGUCAUCCUCUGUGGGAGAUUCCACCAUAAGAAGCCCUAACAGGAGAAAAAGAAACAUGUUACAAACAGACGAGGAGGAUCCAGAUCAUAAUCGUGAUUCCGCCACCAAGAAAAGGCGAGUGGUGUGGGAUGAUUAUCUUAACGGAAAGUUUUUGGAUGCAGUGAAUUCCCUUGGCAACAAUGAUGUUGUUCCCAAGAAAAUUUUGGAGAGGAUGAAUGUUAGUAGCCUCACUCGAGAAAACGUAGCCAGCCAUCUCCAGAAAUUCCGGAUGGGUCUGAAAAAGAAGAAUGACCAAAACAAAAGCGACGAGAGAAAUCCAUCGUUAAUUACUCCACAAGAACGAGGAAUGUCUAGUGGAGAAAUAUCAAACGAGCUCUACAGAGGACUAAAUGUCCAGUUUCCAACACAUCAUGUCAACAACAUUCCUCAACCGUCUUAUUUUCAACAGCACAACACAAACCUUAAUCUCACGACGCAACGCGUGUCAUCACCUCCUGGAAAUCAUUAUGAUAGACUCUCUGUCGCGUCUUCCAGUAGAAAUCUAGUGACGACUCACCAACAUCACACUUCUCAUCAAAUCUCAGAGUUCCCAUGCAAUGAUCAGAGCAUAGAAGAAAGAUUGGUUUAUUACGAGGACGAGGACGAUGGAGUUAAGAACUUGAUCACUGACUGGUUCACGCAAAUCCCGGACCAGAUAAAUCUGUUCCCCUUAGAGGAGUCGGUGAUAACGACUACAAUGCGUUUCAACGAUAUUCAGGUGUCGGCCAAUCGACAAGAGCCGAUGUACGUUCAUGAGCCAUCCAUGAUGCAUAUACCUUCACUUCCUUCAUCUCUCACACAUAAUCCCUUUCUUGAUCAGAAAGAAAAUAUACAAUUGGUGGAUUUACGUCGACAACAAUUAUUCCGUGAACAGCAACAUGCUAACCUAGCAAAUGAGAAUAGGUUUCCUGAAACUAAUCCAGGAACGGGAUCUGCAAGAAGGGAUAAGAUGGGUCAAGACAGGGACCAAGCAUGAAAACGACUUACAAAUAAGGAGAUGAAG